UUCUUUCGACACCAAACAUCACCCAUUAACAAAAAUGAAGAACCAGAGUUUGCUAAGUUGGAUUUCUCGCACCCUUCCAAUUUUCAUCCUCCUCACCAUCCAAAGUCAAUCCCAUGCAACAACACAAACGCAACCCAUUUUAGACAAUCCCACACUCGAGAACUUCAUCAACAGAACUCUCCAAUUGAGAAGAAGUACCCGACAUAUGUUGAAAUCACAUGGAAACAUGAAGUUAUCAACCUCUUCAGUGGUAGCAGGAGUGUUGAGCUUCAUGGCUUCUUCCAUAUCCAGUGCGGGAGGUGUCGGUGGUGGAGGUUUGUUCAUUCCCAUUCUCACGAUUGUGGGAUGUUUAGACCUCAAAACCGCCACGAGUUUCUCGGCUUUCAUGGUCACGGGAGGGUCGAUUGCAAAUGUUAUGUAUAACUUGAUAGCCAAAAGUGCCAAGUUCGGGGGUAAGACGCUGAUUGACUAUGAUAUAGCACUUUUGUCGGAGCCUUGCAUGUUAUUAGGCGUAAGUGUGGGAGUAGUUUGCAACCUUGUGUUACCAGAGUGGCUGAUCACCAUCAUGUUUGCCAUUUUUCUUGUUUGGUCUACGAGUAAGACUUGUAGUAACGGGAUCGAGUUUUGGAAACUGGAAUCGGAUCGACAUCUAGGAACUAGAAACGGAUAUGGAAACUUGGAAAAUGGUGAAAGUGGGGAAGCUAAGAGUCUGGAAGAACCUUUGGUUUCCAUGGAAGGGAAAGAAAGUCCCAGGUUUCCAUGGAAGAAAUUGGUGGUCUUGAUUAUGUUCUGGUUUUCCUUCUUUAUCAUCUAUCUCCUUCGUGGGAAUCGCUAUGGACAGGGUGUCAUAUCACUGAAGCCUUGUGGAAUAGAAUAUUGGGCUCUCUCACUGUUUCAAAUCCCUCUCGCCAUAGCUUUUACUGCAUGGAUCCUUCGCAAACAAGAGCUCAUUGCAUGCCAAGAUCCAAAUAAACAGGGUGUUAAGAAGCUAAUUUUCCCCUUAAUGGCUCUAAUGGCUGGAGGGUUGGGCGGUCUUUUUGGAAUUGGAGGGGGAAUGCUUAUAAGCCCACUUCUACUUCAAGUUGGAGUAGCUCCUGAGGUAACUGCAGCUACUUGUUCUUUCAUGGUUUUCUUCUCAUCCACAAUGUCUGCAUUCCAGUACUUACUGUUGGGCAUGGACCACAUUAGCACUGCCCUUGUGUUCUCCGUCAUUUGUUUCGUCGCGUCGCUUCUUGGAUUGGUGGUGGUGCAGAAGGCCAUAAAACGGUUUGGAAGGGCAUCCCUUAUCGUGUUCUCUGUUGGUAUAGUGAUGGCUCUGAGUGCCAUUUUGAUGACUAGCUAUGGAGCCCUUGAUGUUUGGGACGACUACUCAUCAGGAAAUUAUAUGGGAUUCAAACUACCUUGUUAAAAUCAAAUU